GCUUAUUUUCAGCCCUUCUUUUGAAAAAAGCCGGUAUCGAUGAUAUCACUAUUCUUGAAUAUCAAGAUCGUGUUGGUGGACGUAUCCAUACUCAUUACUUUACCGACAAUCCUAAUGAUGAUAGACGUUUAUAUGCAGAACUUGGUGCAAUGCGAUUACCUUUUGUUCAAGAUCGGCCAGAUCUUAGUCCACAUCAACUUACCUUUGAUACAAUUGAUUAUAUGAAUGAAUAUAAUAAGAAGGAUGAUCCAGAUAGAGAAAUCAAACUCAUUCCUUUUAUUUUUAGUAAUCCAAAUGCUUUGUAUUACUUCAACAAUAAAAAAACCCCAUCUGGUGAAAUUAUGACCAGCAAUUACUCCGAAAGUGCUGACGCAAAACAACUAGGAUUACCUGAUGAUAUUCCAUAUAAUUAUCGUGAUCUUUGGAUUGAUGCAUUACAACCUUUCUAUGAUGAAUUGGAUUCAAAUUUCACAAAUGGUCUUAUUAAUUUAAAACGUUACGAUAGCUAUACUCCUUAUUCUUAUUUAAAAGAAAUUUAUCUUCCCAAAGUUUUACCAGACAAAUCUGCUGACUAUGAUAAAAUUAUUAGUGCUAUUGAAUUACAAGAAGCAGGAACGGGUGAAUAUCACUUAUUUAGUCUUCCUGCUGUUGUCACUGAGAUGUAUAACUUUAUCAACCCUAAAUAUGAGAUAAGUUGGAGGACCAUUGAUAAAGGAUUGCAACGGCUUCCUAAUUCUUUCUUGCCAAUGAUCAAAAAGGAAAAUAUUAAUCUGACAUAUAAUAGUGAAGUUUAUAAGUUGGAAAAAACACAUGAUGAUAAAGUUGAAGUAUAUUGGAAAAAUCACGGAAGAAAAGCCUCCCAAGUUUUUGAUCGAGUAAUUGUCACUGUUCCAUUAGGUCUUGUCCGUCAUUGGGAUUUACCAUCAA